ACCAUGUCCUGUGACUGCGAUUUCGUUCCUGAAAACUGCGUUGUUGUGGGGUGUGGGGCGGUGUCGGUGGAUUUCUUGGCUACUGUUGCUGCUUAUCCGAAGCCAGAUGACAAAAUCAGAAGCACUUCCUUCAAGGUUGAAGGAGGUGGCAAUACAGGUAAUGCCUUAACCUGUGCAGCUCGCUUGGGCCUCAAGCCAAGACUAAUCUCCAAGGUUGCAGAUGACACUCAUGGCAAGGGCUUAUUGGAUGAGCUAGAGGUUGAUGCUGUAGAUACAUCCUUUAUGGCCGUCUCUAAAGAGGGCACGUCACCAUUUACCUAUAUCAUUGUGGACAGCCAAACCAAGUCCCGUACUUGCAUACAUACCCCAGGAUUUCCUCCAAUGAAGCCAGUUGAUCUUCCUGAAUCAAGUUUUUUAUCUGCAUUGAAUGGAGCAAGAAUUGUUUAUUUUGAUGGGAGAUUUCAUGAAACUGCUCUAGUUGUUGCACAUGAGGCAGUUAAGAAGAAUGUACCUAUCUUAAUGGAUGCAGAAAGGCUGAGAGAAGGGUUGGAUGAUCUCCUGAAAUUGGCUGAUUAUGUUGUUUGUGCAGCACAAUUUCCACAGGCAUGGACAGAGGCAUCAACCAUUCCAAAAGCACUUGUCUCUAUGCUCUUAAAGUUGCCCAACACCAAAUUUGUCAUUGUAACUUUGGGAAAAGAUGGUUGCGUUAUGCUUGAGAGAAGCAUUGAUGAUGGUUCAUCCACAGAAGAAGUGGAUGUUGACAAAAUACUGGAAUCCCUGGAGAUGAGAAAGAAUGGGAGCAUAUACAUCCCAACCUGCAUAUCAUCAUCAGUGACAAAAUUGCACGCAGAAGGUAUAGGAACAGUCUGUGGCAGGUUAUACGUUGGAACAGCUGAGAACAUACCACCAUCAGAGCUUGUCGAUACAACUGGUGCUGGGGAUGCAUUUAUUGGAGCCGUUCUCUAUGCUAUCUGUGCCAACUUUGCAAAAGAGAAAAUGCUGCGGUUUGCUGCGACUGUGGCAGGUGCCAAGUGCAGAGCUCUAGGAGCACGAAGUGGUCUUCCUUACCGCACAGACCCACGCCUUGCAUCCUUCAUGCAGUAGCAUUCCUUACCAG